UCAAAACUACGUUUCUUAGAGUUGUAAAGUCAAUUUUCGUCAAUAUUGUCAUUCAUAUUUUCAAUAUCAAUCACAUUACUAUAAUAUACAUUGUAAUUUUGCGUUUUAUAUGUUCAGGGCUUUCGUGUUAAUAUUCCAGUAGUGUAGCAGAGCAGUGUUCAGUGGUAAGCGAAGUGACUCGAGUGAUUCGCUUGUGAUAGUGGUUCAUCAAACUGAGCUUUCAUGAUUGGAUUACCGCGUAGCGAUAGAGAUAGAGAUCGAAUUACGGUGAAAAUUCGUAACAUGAAAAGGAGUUCUUCGAGGGAUAGUAUGCCGCGAUCGAAACGGACGCGUAGUAGCAUAGGCAGGUAUGACGAUAGUUCGGACGAGCGCGUCACUCCGGAACGGGUGCGGCGACGAGUCCGAUCCCCGAGCCCUCGAGGCAGGUACGUCUCCCCGCAUCGUGAUGACUAUGUUCGGUCGCGAGAAAUGAGGGAAGAAUCUGCACGUUCUUACUAUAAGGUGCUCUGUGUCAGUGCUCUUCACCCGAAGGCAUCUGACGAAAUUGUCAAAGAUACUUUGUACAGAGAAUACAAGAAAUUCGGCGAUUUCAGCAUUAAGAUUUCGCAUGAAUUGGAUGAGCGCGUUGCAUAUGUAUGCUUCCGCAGUGCUGAGGACGCCAAGGACGCCAAACAUGCAAAACCGAGAAUAAUCUUGUAUGACAAAGUUGCUAUUGUUGAUCCUGUGUAUGAACCAUCACGGUCAGAAUACAGGAGUAGGCCACGGAGUAUUACCCCACCAGAUUAUGACCGUCCAUACUCCUAUGCUUGGUCGCCAGUGCCAGAGAGGCGUCGUCCACCACCAGAUGAUAGAGCAUAUGGUAUUCCUCCUAGUGUCCCACCUCAUCAUAGAGAUUUCCGGCCCCCAAUGCAUGAAUAUCCAAUGCCAGGUCCUCAUGGGCCCCCAAUGCAUCAUCGACCACCCAUGCAUCAUCCUCCACAUCCACACUACAUGCCACGCCCAUACAUGCCUCGCCCUCAUCAUCCACAUUUUGAAAAAAUGGAGAAUAAGAAAGACAAAUUUCCAAAUUAUUUGCACCAUGUACAACCUGAAGAUGAUCCUCUAGCAACUAGAACUCUUUUUGCUGGUAACUUGGAAAUAAAUAUAUCAGAUGAAGAACUUCGGCGUAUAUUUGGUCGCUAUGGUAUUGUUGAGGAUAUUGAUAUAAAACGACCACCACCAGGUACAGGCAAUGCCUUUGCAUUUGUGCGCUAUCAGACUUUAGACAUGGCUCAUCGGGCAAAGGUAGAACUUUCUGGCCAAUAUAUUGGUAAAUUCCAAUGUAAGAUAGGUUAUGGCAAGGCUACACCCACUACACGUGUUUGGGUGGGUGGGCUUGGUCCUUGGACAUCAGUGGCACAACUAGAAAGGGAAUUUGAUAGAUUUGGAGCUAUUAAAAAAAUAGAAUAUGUGAAGGGUGAAGCCCAUGCAUACAUUUUAUAUGAUUCAAUAGAUGCUGCGCAGGCAGCUGUUAAAGAAAUGAGAGGCUUUGCUCUUGGUGGACCUGAUAGGCGUCUCCGCAUUGACUUUGCUGAUGUAGGAAAUGGUGCACCAUUUAGACCUAAGCCAUAUGCCCCACCUGUAGGUGAAGACGGUAGGCCAGUUGAGGGUUAUGAAGGGUAUGAGGGUACAUGGGAAGAUGGGUAUGGCUAUGGUGCACCAGGUUAUAGGGGCAGGGGUGGUCACAGGGGUCGUGGACGUGGCAUGUACAGAGGAAUGUAUCAUGGUACUGCUGAGUAUCGUGAUGAAGAGUGGAGAAGGCCACCAGUUGACAGUGAAUAUGAGGGUCGCGUCCGUAGAUCUGGUUCACGAGAACCUGGAGUUGAUAGAUCUCGUUCAAGAUCCCUCCGUAGAAGGACCCCUGAUAGUGAUUCUGAAGGUUCACCUAGGAGAAAUGGUGGCAUGCUUGCUUCUGCCAGAACACUUCCAGAAGUAGUUCGCAGAGCCACAACAAUUUGGAAUGGUGCUUUAAUUCUUAAAAACUCUUUGUUUCCUACUAAAUUCCACCUGACUGAUGGUGAUUCAGAAAUUAUUGACAGCCUCAUGAAAGAUGAGGAUGGUAAAAAUCUAUUGAGAAUUACACAGAGAUUGCGACUGGACCAACCUAAGCUGGAUGAUGUACAGAAGCGUAUAGCUACAUCAAGCUCACAUGCAAUAUUCUUGGGGGUGGCUGGCUCAACUGCAUCUAUUACAAAUGAGGAUGCAAGCAUUCAAACGAGACCUAUGAGAAAUUUGGUUUCAUAUUUGAAACAGAAAGAAGCAGCUGGAGUCAUAUCGCUUUUGAACAAAGAGACGGAAGCAACAGGAGUUCUGUACUCAUUCCCUCCAUGUGAAUUUUCAACGGAACUGUUGAAACGAACCUGCCACAAUCUGACUGAAGAGAGCUUGAAGGAGGACCACUUAGUUAUAGUGGUUGUAAGAGGUGGUUCAGCAUAACUUUUGUAUUAUUUAUUUUAGUUGUACUUUUGAUUUUAUACAAUUAGCUUAAGAUUCUUUAUCCCUUUCUUAUUGUUUACAGUUUAUUUCAACUUUACUAUGUGGAGGUGUAGUGAUGUGGUUGACUGUAAAUUAGUUAAGUGAUUUAUUGACACUGUGAAAGUUUUGUGGUUACCCACAACAGUAGUGACCAGUCUUAUAUUGUUAUUACAAGUAAAAUUGUGUUAAUUACUGCUAGAAUCAACUAUCAUUAAUAUUACUUAGUGUAUAUUUAUUAAUAUUAUUAUUAUGAGUUCAUAGUGUACAAUUAAGAAGUGUAUUUAGUGUUAGGUGGUGUGUAGUGAGAGUGUAAUUGUAAAUAGAAUAUUUUUUCUGAUGUUGUAGUUUUCUUAAACCUGGUGAUUUUGUGUUAAUGUGUAUGAUAAAAGUGGCUACAUUGUGAAAAUGAUUGUGUAUUCAUGUUUUGGAAAUAAGAAAUAUUAGCAUUCAAAACACUUAGUUUUAGCAUAUUAGCAGUGCUGUAAAUAAUAUUAUGUAUAAUAGCACUUGCUAAGUAAUGUUGCCACAGUGUGUGUUUAUUUUGUGACCAGUCUAUUAUAGAAAACAUGUGAAUCAGUGUUCAAUGGCACAGAACAGUUAUUGCUAGUUGCUUGAGAUAGAUAGUACUGAUUCAUCAUAAUAAUGAACUGUUAAAAAAAAGUGAGUGAGUGAGUAUCUCUUAAUUUUAGUCAGCCAUCAAUUUUUAUUGUAAUUGUGAAAAGAGAGCAGUUU